AUGAUUGUUGGCGGCACCGAGGUGGAUCCUCGUCUCUACCCGUUCCUGGUGUACAUAGCGGAGGAGGACUUCUGGGGCCAGUCUUACUGCGGUGCGGUGCUCAUCCACCCGCAGUGGGUACUCACUGCCGCGCAUUGCGGGACAAACUUCGAGCGAGUUCUACUCGGCGGGCACGCCAUGAGCAAGUUUGAGGCUGGCGACGACUGCACGGAGACGAUCAAUAUCGAGUCGAUUAUUCCAAACGCCCUCUACAAUGCAGGCAUCGAGCUUUCGGUUGUAGCAGAGAAGGUUCCGCUGCAACGGCCAAGCGAGUACGCACUGAUCGACCUCGACCAGCCUGGCGACAACACGUGGCACGAAGUCGGGACUAACCUCGUAACGGCAGGUUGGGGCACUCUGUCUGCUGGUGGCGGAACGCCCGACAAAGCGCAGCAUGUCACUGUACCAGUCGUGCCGGACUGCGAGGACACCAACUACGGCCCGAGUGUCGGCAUAGAGUACAAUCCCGAGACGAAGAGCGCUCCGUGUGUGCGGUACUCGCCACACCUCGCCGCACCGGCGGAGCGGCCUAGCUCUGCGCACCACCAGCAUCCGCCCGGGAUCCAUCCGCUGCUCUUGGUGCUCGACCGGAUUUGUGUUGGCUGCAGCGAGUGCUCCCUCACGAUAAAGGGACUGCGGCAGCAGUAUCCGGAGUUGACGAGAACCGACGCGCGCAAGAUCAUGAAGCUCAAACGCAUAUACUGCUCGGCAUGUCCCCAGGGCCGGGAUCGCCCGGCCGCUGAGGUGCCGCACCUGACAGACGACGCCGCCAUGCAGCUGGCCACCUCUCUCGCGGGCCGCCUGCGCUUGACACCCGCAGUUGUUGGCGCAGCCUUUCCUCCAUCCGUCCCGAUGCAGUCACUGCUGCCGCCGCUCAGCUCCUCGUCGAGCGGCUUCCCACCGCCGCUAUCAGUGCCGUCGUCGACGGUUCGGCCGCUGACGCAAGAUCAGCAGGACGACGACGAGACCAGGUCUUGCGAGUCCGAGGAGCACUUUCCGAGCCGCUGGCUCCCACCUGGUCUGACGUGA